AAAAAAAAACAAAAAAAAAAACAAAUACUGAUCUCUUCCCCAAAAAAACUCGCCAUGCCUCUUAUGAAAUACGUCGGACUGUAUAUUUGCAAAAAGGGGUCAUUUGGGGGAUAUCUGUACUAUUCUAACAUUCUGGGACCUCAAGAAAUUAGAUUGGCUGUCAGUACUUCAGGAUUGAUCAAUAUUCAGAUCUAUACCAUAGUUUGUGAACUCUAUAACCUUCCUACAAACUAAAAAAUACAUCCUAAUUUGGGUUAUUUUCACCAAAGACAUGUAG